UAAUGCAUACAGGGUAUCGUGUGUAUCUUCUACACAAUGCGAGACAACUCCAAUUGAAAAUACUAAAUUUUAACCUGAAAUGGCGACAGAGGGAGAUAUACUAGUUUCGAAACAAGAGCUUUUAGACUUUGUGGUCCGGUGCAUUACAGCAUCAGGGGCGGAUCCAGACCAUGCAGCCGAUUUGGCGGAUCUGCUCAUUACAGCUGAUUAUCGAGGACACUACAGCCAUGGAUUGAACAGACUCGAUAUGUAUUCAAGCGAACUAAAAUCAGGAAUAUGCCGAGGGGGCGGGACAUCGCCGGAAAUCGUCAAACAAACGGUCGCAACUGCUCUUGUAGAGGGGCAUAAUUUAUUGGGUCCCGUUGUUGGGAAGUUCGCUGUAGAUUUAGCCAUUCAAAAAGCGAAAGAGGCUGGGAUAGGAAUGGUCACUGUUCGAGGAUCAAAUCACUUUGGAAUAGCUGGCUGGUAUUCUUUAAGGGCUCUUCAAAAUGGAUUAAUCGGAAUGUCUUUCACUAAUACCUCACCAGUUCUCAACCCAACACGAUCAAAGGAGCAAGUAUUGGGAACAAAUCCCAUCUGCAUGGCAGCGCCGGCUAAGGAUGGUGACAGCUUUGUUUUGGACAUGGCCACGUCUAGCGUAGCUCUUGGAAAGAUUGAAAUUCAAGACAGGAGGGCACUUCCGCUUCCUCCGGGAUGGGCGGUAGACGCUGAUGGAAAUGAAACAUACGACCCAAAGAAGGUCAAAGGCUUGUUACCUCUGGGAGGAAAAGAAGAAAGCAGUGGCUACAAGGGUUACGGAUUGUCUAUGAUGGUAGAGGUUCUCACCGGAAUACUCGGCGGGGGUGCGUUCGGUCCCCACAUACGGCAGUGGAAGGGAGCCACGAGAACGGCCAAUUUGGGACAAUGCUUCAUCGUGUUCGACCCGAAGGCUUUCACAGAUGACUUCGAGGACCGCAUGAGUGAACUGAUUGACAUCUGUAGACGGCUGGAGUCGGUGGAUGGUCCUGAGAAACCAGUCCUCGUGCCCGGAGACCCAGAAAGAGAACACAUGAAGUUAUGUGAUAAACUAGGCGGGAUUCCCUACCAUCCCAACCAGGUCACUUUUAUGAAUGAUAUGGCUAAGCUGUUAAGCGUUGCUCCCGUGAAAACAUCUUGAGGACGUAUCUGGACAGUGGAUCAGUAGAUUGUACAAAUCGCUCUAUAAUGUUCAUAGUUAUUGAAACUCAGGAAUGUAUAAUGAUUAUAAAGUGGAUUCAUAGUA